GAUUGCAACAGAAGCUAUGACGUAAUGCUCGACUGCAACAUAUGCAGGUGAAUACACGGUCAAACAAUGAAUCACAAAGUAUCACAACGAUAAAUGCUUAAUGAUAUAUCGUAGAUGUUUAAGUUGUCGUCGCAACGGAUUAUGGAUCGCAUUUAAGCAGUUGUCUUCGGCUUUUUCGUAGCAAUGAAAUGUGCAGUAAAGGGCCGGCCAUUCGGCUUUUUAUGAGAUCAAAACUAAUUGCUAUUUUGACUUUAUUUUCAAUAUGGAUAACCGUGGUACAAUCUCACAAAGUAAAUACAAAACUCGCCAACAGAAGGGAAAAGAUUUACACCAACGGCUGGGCUGUUAAACUGAUCGGUGGAAUUGAAAACGCGGAAAUCGUAGCACAAAACUAUGGCUUUUCGAAAGUGGAGAAGAUCGGUACACUGGACGACUAUUAUCAUUUUGAGCAUCCAUCUCAUCCACAUCGCACAAAACGCAGCGCUAUAGAGAUGACGGACAUGCUUCAUGCACAUCCCAAUGUUGAAUGGGCUGAGCAACAGCACGAAACGCGGGUGAAACGUGGGGCAUACCAUGAUGCAAUGGAACGGCAUGCUCAGGUGAUCUUUAAGGAUCCCCUGUGGAACUAUCAAUGGUAUUUGGAUGACACGAGGAAAGGUUACGACAUGGAUGUCCACGUGAUGUCGGUGUGGAAGCAAGGCAUCACUGGCAAGGGUGUAGUUGUCACAAUCUUAGAUGAUGGAGUUGAGCACAACCACACAGAUUUAAUGAGAAAUUACGACCCUGCUGCAAGUUGGGAUGUCAAUGGUGGCGAUCCUGAUCCAUUCCCAAGAUAUGAUGUGACCAACGAGAACAAGCAUGGGACGAGAUGUGCGGGAGAGGUAGCUGGUCAAGCAAACAAUGAUAAAUGUGGAGUCGGUGUAGCUUACAAUGCUCGAGUAGGAGGAGUAAGAAUGUUAGAUGGAAGAGUUACUGAUAAAGUGGAAGCAGAAUCAUUGAGUCUUAAUCCGCAGUAUAUUGAUAUAUACAGCGCCAGUUGGGGACCGAGUGAUGAUGGCACGACUGUAGAAGGGCCUGGUACCUUGGCAACAGCAGCCUUCUUAAAUGGAAUUAAAAAGGGACGCGACGGUAAGGGUUCUAUAUUUAUUUGGGCAUCGGGGAACGGUGGUCGUCACGACGACAGCUGCAACUGUGAUGGUUACACCAACAGCGUGUACACGCUCUCUAUAAGUUCCUCGUCCGAUCACGGAAAAUCUCCGUGGUAUUCCGAAGCAUGCUCGUCGACACUUGCCACUACCUUCAGCAGCGGAUCAAGAGGAGAGCAAAAGAUUGCAACAACUGAUCUUCAUAAUCAAUGUACCGAGAAGCACACGGGAACGUCUGCAUGCCCCCUGGCUGCAGGAGUCAUUGCUUUGGCAUUAGAGGCAAACUCGGACCUGACAUGGCGUGAUGUGCAACAUAUUGUCGUAUGGACGUCAAAAUGGCGACCGCUAUCACAUGACCCAGACUGGAAUAUCAACGGUUUAGGACGCCGCGUGAGCUUAAAGUUUGGGUUCGGUCUCCUGGACGCGCACGCUAUCGUAGCGUUGGCAAAACUUCGUAAGAAAGUACCAGAAAAAAAAAUAUGUCACGGUCAAAUCAAUCAGGAUAGAAAAUUUAUUCAUCACGCCAACGGUUUGGCAGUGAAAAUCAAAGCAAAUGGUUGUCAAGGCAACCAAGAUGAGAUACGUUACUUGGAGCAUGUGCAGCUCGUUUUAACGCUCGACUACAGCAGAAGGGGCGAUCUAGCAAUCGAUCUUACGUCUCCUAUGGGCACAAAAUCCCGUCUACUUACUCCAAGGGGAGAAGAUCUCUCAGACGAAGGUUUCUUGAAAUGGCCGUUCAUGACGACACAUUCAUGGGGUGAAGAUCCUCGUGGUACUUGGACACUGGAAAUAACCGAUGAAGGCGACUCUCGUGCAAAUCGCGGAUUUUUAAAGGAAUGGGGACUAGUAUUACAUGGAACGAAAGGCAAACCUCCUUAUCAGCGGGUGACACAUCCAGAGACACCUCGUCCAACCAAACCGGUUCCACAAAGAAAGAGAACUCAUGUAAAGGAUAAGAUCCCUGAUGGUCCUACCUACAUCUUUGCACCAUCACUUCAUUUGGAAACAGUCAAGUAUAAACCGCUGAACGAGCAUAAAGAAGAUCCACACCCACCCGCAACACCUGUCAAAAAUGUAUAUAGUCAACCUUCGUCACCGUCGAGUGUCAAUACACCUCAACAGGCUGCAUGGACCAGCAAUUUUCCGCCAAGCUCACCAAUUCAAGGCCAGCCUAUUACUCCUUAUCAGUCGAUACAAAACACAGGCUACUAUUAUCCAAGUAGAAGCUUUCAAAACGCAGAUGUGAGCUCUCAAUACUACGGACAAACGCAACCUCGAUUUGCAUACAAUCUUUGGAGUACCACUAAUACCAAUAAUGCCUAUUUUAAUUAUCCACAAAGAACUUACACUAAUUACGGUUUUAUGAGGGCUAGACGCAAACGAAAGGCAACUUCACCUUAACUUGAACACCUGCAUGGAAAAGCAGAAUCUGUUUUAAAGGAAGUAUUAGGAACUUAACUAAAGAGUCAAAACUAAUUUUUAAGAGCAGCUAUAUUCUUUAAUUUUCCUAAUUUUUUACGUGUGUAUGUUUUGAACGAUUGCAAAAAACAAAACCAAAA